AUGGAUCCGAGGUUGAAGAGGGCUGCUCAAGCAGGUGAUAUAGACGUCAUGUACACUUUAAUUAAGGAGGAUGCUAAACUUUUGGACCUUAAUGGGGUGUCAUUUGUUGAUACUCCUCUACAUGUAGCUGCAUCUGAAGGGCAUAUAUUGUUUGCCAUGGAGAUAAUGAGAUUGAAGCCAUCAUUUGCUAGGAAGUCAAACCAAGAUGGGUUCAGCCCCAUCCACUUGGCUCUGCAAAAUGGGAACACCCAGAUGGUGCUUCGUCUCCUAGACGUUGAUACAGGGCUCAUUCGUGUGUCAGGGAGGGAGGGUAUGACUCCAUUGCACUGUGUAGCCAAAGAAGGAAAUAUUGAACUCUUGCUUGUGUUUCUAUCAGCAUGCCCCAAAUCCUUUGAGGAUGUGACGAUUCGAAAUGAGACUGCUCUGCAUAUUGCAUUGAAGAACGGCAAGGUUGAAGCAUUUGAAUUGCUGGUGAGAUGGCUAACACAUGCUUGCUAUGAAGAGGUUCAUCAACUGGAGAAAAGGAUAUUGAACUGGAAGGAUGAUGAUGGCAACACUUUGCUGCACAUUGCAACAGUUAGAAAUCAACCUGAGGAAGUUCAGCUUUUAUUAAACUCUAAGGUAGACGUAAACGCCAAGAAUUCGGCUGGUUUGACGGCCCUGGACAUCAUACAGCACCAAAGCUUGUUGGAUAGCAUAAGAAUAAGGACUAUGCUAUGUCGUGUUGGAGCUCAGGAAGGGGCUUCACUUCCUAAUGUUGGCUUCACACACUACUUAAGAAAGGAUCAGAGGCUGAUGAAGGCUGCUCAAGAGGGAGAUAUUGAUGGCUUCUAUGCAUUGAUACAGGAGGAUUCGUGUAUUUUAGAGCGCAUCGAUCAGGUUCCAUUUGUUCAUACUCCUUUGCACAUAGCUGCAUCUGCAGGGCAUACCCACUUUGCCCUGGAGAUGAUGAGAUUAAAGCCACAAUUUACAAGGAAGCAAAACAAAGAAGGGUUCUCUGCAUUGCACUUGGCUUUGAAACAUGGGAAAACACAGACAGUGCUUUCUGUCUUGUCUGCCUAUAGAGACCUUGUCCGAGUCAAAGGAAGGGAGGGUAGGACUCUCUUGCACUGUGUAGCUGAAAUCGGAAACUUGGAUCUUCUGGCUGAAUUUCUAGCAGCUUGCCCAGAAUCUAUCAUUGAUCUGACAAAUCAGAAAGAAACUGCACUGCAUAUUGCUGCAAAGAAUGACAAGGCCGGAGCACUCGAAGUCUUGCUGGGAUGGAUUCAGCAUGUUGAUAUGGAUGAGGUCUUGCAGUGGACUGAUGUUGAAGGCAACACUGUAUUGCACAUUGCAACAGCAAGAAAUCAAUUCCAGGUGGUGAGAUUGUUAAUAAAAAGGGUUGACCUAAAUGUCAAGAAUUUGGAGGGUUUAACAGCUCUGGACAUCUCGUUGCAAGGACCAGUUAACAAUACGGAGAUGAUAAAUUUAUUAUGCCGAAAUGGAGCUUUGGGAGCUUCCUCACUUCCUAGAGUAUCUUCUCUUGCAGACUCUUUGAGGAAAGAGAUGUCACUGACCGAAAAAUGGAUACUACAAAAUCACCUCUCAAAAUUUUGCAUGCCAAAUGAAAAGCGCAACGCUCUACUAGUGGUAGCUGUGCUGAUUGCAACAGCCACAUUCCAAGCUGUGCUCAAUCCCCCUGCUGGUAUCCAGAAAGGUUACUCUGAAACUCCUCAUGAUUUUAAAAGGAACUCCGCAGCCACGAACAGUAGCGCUGAAGAAAAUGUAGUAUCAAACUUUGCAUUUCAUUCCGCUGCAGCAUGCGUUUCUUUCUUGGCUUUUAACACCAUGGCCUUUUUGACAUCUAUUUCUGAGAUAUGGUUUCACCUCCCACAAGGCCUUUAUUUCUUGAUAAAACUGGGUUUACCUCUAUUGUUCUGCUAUAUGCUUUCGUUGAGUCUCACAGCACCAGUAUCAAGUGUGACACCAUUUUACGUGGUUUUGUUAUUUUUAUCUCAACUGAAAGCAAUAGUUAGGGUCAUGUUUUUUAAGAGGUCAUUGGAACUAAAGCUCUCCCUGUUGAAACAUUGUCCCAGUUUACAUAGAGAAAUGAAAUCAUGA